AUGGCACAUGUCAGUAAUGCAACCAUGUAUGGUUCAUAUCCACAACUGGCUCAUUUAUUACCAAGAAUUGUCCUACUAAUUGACAAGCUUUAUCACAUUCAUUCUCGUCGACAGGAUGAAAUUCAUAUCGACUAUUGUGUUGUUGCUAUUGUCGAUAACAAAUCUGUAAAAGAAUGUUCAACACACAUGCAGCAACACACUGGUAUUUGCGCUUCAACUGGAACAGAGCAACAAUCAACUGGAACCAAUCAUGAUGUAGCUCAGUCGACUAUAGAUCCUGAUGAUUCAGACAGCUCUGUUGAAGAGUCCGAUGAAUCAUCGUCAUACUCUGAGUCCAAACAGUCAGAUGAUGAUAUAUUUGACAACACACUAUAUGACGACGUCUGCCAUCUCCCUAAAAACUAUAUCCCAGAGAAUGAACGGCCCAUUCUCACACCUCAGCAAAGGCUGGAUAGAGUCGAAAAAAUAAUGAAGAAUAUGGGUAUGGAAAUUCCAACUGAUGUUGGAGACGGAUAUCCGCACAAAAUGAACGCCAAGACAAAGGAAAGAAUACUAGAAGUUAAACAAAAGGAGCGUAGAAUGAGCUCAUCUGAUAAAAAGAAAUUCAGGAAACUGAGACUAGGAAGAUUAUGGGUGUGUCGCAAGUUGGCUCUUGAACCUCUCAAAGAAGAAUCAAUCAGAGUUGUAUCUGAACCUACUCCAGAAUUAAAAUCCAUCUUGAAACCCGGAUCUACUUUUAAACCCCACGGCUCAAAACACGAUCAUUCUAAAAAACAUCAGCAAAAGUCAAGUCACGAUGCUGGUUCAAGGGAAGCUAAAGUGCACUUUGUACCAACGACUAAAAUUGCUAGAUAUUCAAGUGAAUCUAGUGUACUGCAAGAAUAUGAUAUUCAACUUCCUUCAUUACGUUCAAAGUUUAAUAGAUUCAAACGACAGAUGCUGAGGUUCAUUGGAUAUAGAAGGCAUACUUGA